AAGCACAGUGAGAGACAUCCAGCCCUUGCUGCUGCACUGCGACAUGCUGAGCGCAGCCCAGGAGGCGCUCUACCACCCAGACAUCUCCUUCAGCAGCCUUCUGCGGAGCGUGCUACUGCUCAUCGUGGACAAGGGCCUCGUGGAGCUGCCAGAGGAGUUCGUGGUCCAGGUGCCCAAGGAGCACAGAUUGCAGCCCAAGCUUUCAGCAGAGCCCCAAUCCCAAUGGCGGUGGUCCGCAGAGAGCUCUCCUGUGAGAGCUACCCCAUCGAGCUCCGCUGUCCAGGAACAGACGUCAUCAUGAUCGAAAGUGCCAACUAUGGGAGGACUGACGACAAAAUCUGUGACUCCGACCCUGCUCAGAUGGAGAAUAUCCGAUGUUAUCUGCCAGAUGCCUAUAAGAUUAUGUCUCAAAGAUGCAAUAACAGAACCCAAUGUGCAGUGGUGGCAGGCCCUGAUGUUUUUCCGGACCCAUGUCCAGGAACCUAUAAAUACCUUGAAGUGCAGUAUGAAUGUGUUCCUUACAAAGUGGAACAAAAAGUUUUUCUUUGUCCUGGACUACUAAAAGGAGUAUACCAGAGUGAACAUUUGUUUGAGUCUGACCACCAGUCUGGGGCAUGGUGCAAAGACCCUCUUCAGGCUUCUGACAAGAUUUAUUAUAUGCCCUGGACCCCCUACAGAACUGAUACGUUGACUGAAUAUUCAUCCAAAGAUGACUUCAUUGCUGGAAGGCCAACUACUACCUACAAGCUCCCUCAUAGGGUGGAUGGCACAGGAUUUGUUGUGUAUGAUGGAGCUUUGUUCUUCAAUAAAGAACGCACCAGGAACAUAGUAAAGUUUGAUUUGCGGACUAGGAUAAAGAGUGGAGAGGCUAUCAUAGCAAAUGCCAAUUACCAUGAUACCUCCCCUUACCGAUGGGGAGGCAAAUCUGACAUAGACCUGGCAGUGGAUGAAAAUGGGCUCUGGGUCAUCUAUGCAACAGAACAAAACAAUGGUAAAAUCGUCAUUAGUCAGUUGAACCCUUAUACCCUACGGAUUGAAGGGACAUGGGAUACUGCAUAUGAUAAAAGGUCAGCUUCCAAUGCAUUUAUGAUUUGUGGGAUUCUGUAUGUGGUCAAAUCUGUAUAUGAGGAUGAUGACAAUGAGGCCACCGGGAAUAAGAUUGACUACAUUUACAAUACCGACCAAAGCAAGGAUAGUCUGGUGGAUGUUCCUUUUCCCAAUUCAUAUCAAUACAUAGCAGCUGUGGAUUACAACCCCAGGGACAACCUACUCUAUGUGUGGAAUAACUAUCAUGUAGUGAAAUAUUCCUUGGACUUUGGACCUCUGGAUAGUAGAUCAGGACAAGCACAUCAUGGACAGGUUUCCUAUAUCUCUCCACCAAUUCACCUUGACUCUGAGCUGGAAAGACCCCCUAUUAGAGGAAUCUCUACUACAGGACCUCUGGGCAUUGGAAGCACCACCACAAGUACCACCCUUCGGACUACAACUUGGAGCCUAGGAAAGAGUACCACCCCAUCAGUGUCAGGAAGAAGGAACCGGAGCACCAGCACCCCAUCUCCAGCUGUGGAGGUUCUUGAUGACAUAACCACACACAUACCAUCAGCAUCCUCCCAGGUCCCAGCUUUGGAAGAGAGCUGUGAGGCUGUGGAAGCUCGAGAAAUCAUGUGGUUUAAGACCCGUCAAGGACAAAUAGCAAAGCAGCCAUGCCCUGCAGGAACUAUAGGUGUAUCAACUUACCUAUGCCUUGCUCCUGAUGGAAUUUGGGAUCCCCAAGGACCAGAUCUCAGCAACUGUUCUUCUCCUUGGGUCAAUCAUAUAACACAGAAGUUGAAAUCUGGAGAGACAGCUGCCAAUAUAGCUAGAGAGCUAGCUGAACAGACCAGGAAUCACCUGAAUGCUGGGGACAUUACCUACUCAGUGCGGGCCAUGGACCAGCUGGUAGGCCUCCUGGAUGUCCAGCUCAGGAACUUGACACCAGGUGGAAAGGACAGUGCUGCUCGAAGUUUGAACAAGCUUCAGAAAAGAGAGCGCUCUUGCAGAGCCUAUGUCCAGGCAAUGGUCGAGACAGUUAACAACCUCCUUCAGCCACAAGCUUUGAAUGCUUGGAGAGACCUGACUACAAGUGAUCAACUACGUGCAGCCACCAUGCUGCUUGACACCGUGGAGGAGAGUGCCUUUGUGCUGGCUGAUAACCUUUUGAAGACUGACAUUGUCAGGGAGAACACAGACAAUAUUCAACUAGAAGUUGCAAGGCUGAGCACAGAAGGAAACUUAGAAGACCUAAAAUUUCCAGAAAAUAUGGCCCAUGGAAGCACUAUCCAGCUUUCUGCAAAUACUUUAAAGCAGAAUGGCCGCAAUGGAGAGAUCAGAGUGGCCUUUGUCCUUUAUAACAACUUGGGUCCUUAUUUGUCCACGGAGAAUGCCAGUAUGAAGUUGGGUACAGAAGCUAUGUCUACAAAUCAUUCCGUUAUUGUCAAUUCACCUGUUAUUACAGCAGCAAUAAACAAAGAGUUCAGUAAUAAGGUUUAUUUGGCUGAUCCUGUGGUGUUUACUGUUAAACAUAUCAAGCAGUCAGAGGAAAAUUUCAACCCUAACUGUUCAUUUUGGAGCUACUCCAAGCGCACAAUGACAGGUUAUUGGUCAACUCAAGGCUGUCGGCUCCUGACAACAAACAAGACACAUACUACUUGUUCUUGUAACCACCUAACCAAUUUUGCAGUACUUAUGGCACAUGUGGAAGUUAAGCACAGUGAUGCAGUCCAUGACCUUCUUUUGGAUGUGAUUACAUGGGUUGGAAUUUUGCUGUCUCUUGUUUGUCUCCUGAUCUGCAUCUUCACAUUUUGCUUUUUCCGUGGGCUCCAGAGUGACCGUAACACCAUCCACAAGAAUCUCUGCAUCAGCCUUUUUGUAGCAGAGCUGCUCUUCCUCAUUGGAAUCAACCGAACUGACCAACCAAUCGCCUGUGCCGUUUUCGCUGCCCUCUUACAUUUCUUCUUCCUGGCUGCCUUCACCUGGAUGUUCUUGGAGGGCGUGCAGUUGUACAUCAUGCUGGUGGAGGUUUUCGAGAGUGAGCACUCACGGAGGAAGUACUUCUACUUGGUGGGCUAUGGGAUGCCCGCGCUCAUUGUGGCUGUGUCUGCGGCCGUGGACUACAGGAGUUAUGGGACAGACAAAGUAUGUUGGCUCCGACUUGACACCUACUUCAUUUGGAGUUUUAUAGGACCAGCGACCUUGAUAAUUAUGCUUAAUGUAAUCUUCCUUGGGAUUGCUUUAUAUAAAAUGUUUCAUCAUACUGCUAUACUGAAACCAGAAUCAGGCUGCCUUGAUAACAUCAAGUCAUGGGUUAUAGGUGCAAUAGCUCUUCUCUGCCUGUUAGGAUUGACCUGGGCCUUUGGACUCAUGUAUAUUAAUGAAAGCACAGUCAUCAUGGCGUAUCUCUUCACCAUUUUCAAUUCUCUACAGGGAAUGUUUAUAUUCAUUUUCCAUUGUGUCCUACAGAAGAAGGUACGAAAAGAGUAUGGGAAAUGCCUGCGAACACAUUGCUGUAGUGGCAAAAGUACAGAGAGUUCCAUUGGCUCAGGGAAAACUUCUGGUUCUAGAACUCCUGGACGCUACUCUACAGGCUCACAGAGCCGAAUUCGUAGAAUGUGGAAUGAUACGGUGCGAAAACAGUCAGAGUCGUCAUUUAUUACUGGAGAUAUAAACAGUUCGGCAUCACUCAACAGAGAGGGGCUUCUGAACAAUGCCAGGGAUACAAGUGUCAUGGAUACUCUACCACUGAAUGGUAACCAUGGCAAUAGUUACAGCAUUGCCAGCGGCGAGUACCUGAGCAACUGUGUGCAAAUUAUAGACCGCGGCUAUAACCAUAAUGAGACCGCCCUAGAGAAAAAGAUUCUGAAGGAACUCACUUCCAAUUACAUCCCUUCUUACCUGAACAACCACGAGCGUUCCAGCGAACAGAACAGGAAUCUGAUGAACAAGCUGGUGAAUAACCUCGGCAGUGCAAGUGAAGAUGAUGCCAUUGUCCUCGAUGAUGCCACAUCCUUCAAUCAUGAGGAGAGUCUGGGCCUGGAACUCAUUCAUGAAGAAUCUGAUGCUCCUUUGCUGCCCCCAAGGGUUUACUCCACGGAGAACCACCAGCCACACCACUACAGCAGAAGGCGGAUCCCCCAAGACCACAGUGAGAGCUUUUUCCCUUUGCUAACCAACGAGCACACAGAAGAUCUCCAGUCACCCCACAGGGACUCCCUCUAUACCAGUAUGCCAGCACUGGCUGGUGUGCCCGCCGCAGAGAGCGUUACCACCAGCACCCAGACCGAACCCCCAGCGGCCAAAUGUGGUGAUGCCGAAGAUGUUUACUACAAAAGCAUGCCAAACCUAGGCUCCAGAAACCACGUCCAUCAGCUGCACACUUACUACCAGCUAGGGCGCGGCAGCAGUGAUGGAUUCAUAGUUCCUCCAAACAAAGAUGGGACCUCUCCGGAGGGAAGUUCAAAAGGACCUGCUCACUUGGUCACUAGUCUAUAGAAGAUGACACAGAAAUUUAAAACAACAAAACUGCUAACACCUUGUUGACUGUUCUGAGUUGAUAUAAGCAGUGGUAAUAAUGUGUGUACUCCUAAAUCUUUAUGCUGUUCUCAAAAGACAAACAAAAACUCUUUGACUUUUUCUUUUUCUUUUUUUUUUUUUUUAAACUGGGAUUUUUAGGUCAGCCCAGGGGAGAAAGAUAACUGCUGAAAUCCCCCUGUGCCCUUUCCUUUCUUGUCCUUUCCCCCCCUCAGAUGGAGACUUCAUUAUGUUAAUGAACGAGAUAUGAAGAAAAUGGCGCUCAUUGUGGCCUUGUUGAAUUAUGUUGUGUUUGUUUUAACAUCUCUGAUGCUCUGUUACUAUAAUUACAAGGACCUAAUUUU